AUGGUCGAAAUCUUUACGCGUUAUUGUGUACUUAGAGCACUUCCUGACAAAAGGGCUCCUACCAUCGCCCGAGCUCUUAUUUCUGUUUUUGGAGAUUAUGGCUUUGCCAAAGUCUUACAGAGCGACAACGGCACGGAGUUUGUCAACACCCUCAUCAAGGCUAUCACUGAAGCCUUUGGUAUGGAUCAUCGUCUUAUCACACCCUACCAUCCAUGCGCCAAUGGUGUGGCUGAACCUUGGGUUGGCACUGUCAAACAAGGCAUCGUGAAACUUUUACAAGGCAAGAGCAAUGACUGGGAUCUUUACGUUCCCACCGUACAGUUAUUCCUCAACUCCAAGCAUAAUCCUUUGCAUGGAUCACACCCUUAUUCACUCAUGUUUGCCAGGCAGCCAAACAAGCUUUGCGAUUACACCAAUGACGAGACCAAUGUGUCAUCUCAACAAGCUUUAGAGCUUCGUAAAGAGGACAUUGAGCGGUUUGAGCAAGCUGUGAUACCUGCUAUUCAAGAGCGUAUGCAACGCAUGCGUGACGCUGAGAAACCACGUUAUGAUUCCAAGAAUCGUAUCAUCAAGCCUCUUCCUAUUGGUACCAAGGUGGUCAUCAAAAACGUGCAUCGUUCAGGUAAAACUGAGCAACGAUACACUGGCCCUUUUCGUAUUACAGGUCUCAAUCGAGGUGGUGCUUAUACCUUAGCUGAUGCAACAGGUCAACAACACGCCUGCAACGUCCCGCUUAGGGAUGGGCAUUUAUUCGAUUAA